GCGGCGGCGGCGGGGCCGGGCGCGGGCGGCGCGGGGACGGCGGUCCCGAGCGGCGCGGGGCCCUGCGCGGCCGUGUCCGUGUUCCCCGGCGCCCGCCUCCUCACCAUCGGCGACGCGAACGGCGAGAUCCAGCGGCACGCGGAGCAGCAGGCGCUGCGCCUCGAGGUGCGCGCCGGCCCGGACGCGGCGGGCAUCGCCCUCUACAGCCACGAAGAUGUGUGUGUGUUUAAGUGCUCGGUGUCCCGAGAGACAGAGUGCAGCCGCGUGGGCAAGCAGUCCUUCAUAAUCACCCUGGGCUGCAACAGCGUCCUCAUCCAGUUCGCCACUCCCAAUGACUUCUGUUCCUUCUAUAACAUCCUGAAAACCUGUCGGGGCCACACCCUGGAGCGGUCGGUGUUCAGCGAGCGCACAGAGGAGUCCUCCGCCGUGCAGUAUUUCCAGUUUUACGGCUACCUGUCCCAGCAGCAGAACAUGAUGCAGGACUACGUGCGGACGGGCACCUACCAGCGCGCCAUCCUGCAGAACCACACGGACUUCAAGGACAAGAUCGUUCUGGACGUGGGCUGUGGCUCUGGCAUCCUCUCGUUUUUCGCCGCCCAGGCCGGGGCGAGGAAGAUCUACGCGGUGGAGGCCAGCACCAUGGCCCAGCACGCAGAGGUCUUGGUGAAGAGUAACAACCUCACUGAGCGCAUCGUGGUCAUCCCCGGGAAGGUGGAGGAAGUCUCGCUCCCCGAGCAGGUGGACAUCAUCAUCUCGGAGCCCAUGGGCUACAUGCUCUUCAACGAGCGCAUGCUCGAGAGCUACCUCCACGCCAAGAAAUACCUGAGGCCGGGGGGAAACAUGUUCCCCACCAUUGGUGACGUCCAUCUGGCACCCUUCACGGAUGAACAGCUCUACAUGGAGCAGUUCACCAAGGCCAACUUCUGGUACCAGCCGUCUUUCCAUGGAGUGGACCUGUCAGCCCUCCGAGGCGCUGCAGUGGACGAGUAUUUCCGGCAGCCUGUGGUGGAUACGUUUGACAUCCGGAUCCUGAUGGCCAAGUCUGUCAAGUACACGGUGAACUUCUUAGAAGCCAAAGAAGGAGAUUUGCACAGGAUAGAAAUCCCAUUCAAGUUCCACAUGCUGCAUUCCGGGCUAGUUCACGGUCUGGCUUUCUGGUUCGAUGUCGCCUUCAUCGGCUCCAUAAUGACGGUGUGGCUGUCCACGGCCCCGACGGAGCCCCUGACCCACUGGUACCAGGUCCGGUGCCUGUUCCAGUCACCACUGUUCGCCAAGGCCGGGGACACGCUCUCAGGGACAUGUCUGCUUAUUGCCAACAAAAGACAGAGCUAUGACAUCAGUAUUGUGGCCCAGGUAGACCAGACGGGCUCCAAGUCCAGUAACCUCCUGGAUCUGAAAAACCCCUUCUUCAGAUACACAGGCACGACGCCCUCGCCCCCACCCGGCUCCCACUACACGUCCCCCUCGGAGAACAUGUGGAACACGGGCAGCACCUACAACCUCAGCAGCGGGAUGGCCGUGGCUGGGAUGCCGACCGCCUACGACCUGAGCAGUGUUAUUGCCGGCGGCUCCAGCGUGGGCCACAACAACCUGAUUCCUUUAGCCAACACGGGGAUUGUCAAUCACACCCACUCCCGGAUGGGCUCCAUAAUGAGCACGGGGAUUGUCCAAGGGUCCUCCGGCGCCCAGGGCGGCGGCGGCGGCGGCUCCAGUGCCCACUACGCGGUCAACAGCCAGUUCACCAUGGGCGGCCCCGCCAUCUCGAUGGCCUCGCCCAUGUCCAUCCCGACCAACACCAUGCACUACGGGAGCUAGGCCCCUCCAGCGUGGAACAGACUGACAGCACCAGGAAACCAAAUGAAGACCCUGCCCACCCACCCCCCUGCCUGGGCGGCUUUCACCCCUGUACCGGAGAAGCCCAAACACCCGGUCACAGCCCUCUUUGCUAUGGGAACUCGGACACUUUUUUACACGACAUCGCCGCCGCCGCCCCCACUCCACCGCCCACCCACAUCUUGGCCCCGAGCGUGUGUCGCUGCCGUAUUUUACACGAGAUCAUGUCGUGGGAGCCCCGUUUCCCCCUCCUGCCCUCCACCCUGACCUGGGUUUGACAUCCUCCGUAACAGGCGUGUCCGGGCCUGACAGCUGCAGGCCUGGCGGGGAGGUCGGGGGAGCAGCUGUGCACCCCCCACCCCCCAACGGGUCCCUCGGCGCCGGCCCCCCCCCCCCCCCCCCCGCCUGUCUCCAGGGGGAAGGCGGUCCUGACUGGGCGGGGCCUCCCCUUCUACUACCAGGCCUUGGUCACAAUGGGCGUGACAUGCUGCUUUUUUUAAUUUUAUUUUUUUACGAGAAGAACCAGUGUCAAUCCACAGACCCUCUGAGAAACCAGGCCGGCCGGGCCGAGCCAGCAGCCCCUCUCCCCCACUCAGAGGCUCAGUGGUGAGGGGCAGCCCUGCCGAGUCUUCGGGACAGGGGUGGGGCCAGGCCUCUGGAGACCCGAGGCCCCCUCCCACCAAAGGGUUCACCUCACACUUGAAUGUACAACCCACCCCGGCUGUCGGGAAGGCCCUCCGUCCUCGGCCCCUGCCUCUUGCUGCUGUCCUGUCCCCGAGCCCCUGCAGGUCCCCUCCCCCACCCCUGCCGAGAGCCAGAGCAGGUGGCCCCGUGGGCCCCAGGCCUGGAGGAAAGGGCCACCGUCAGCCGCUCGGGGCAGACCUGAGACACCUCGAGGCUCGGCCGUGGAAGGCGUCCUUUUCCCUUGUAGCUCACAUUAGGCCUGUGUGUUUCCCCCCACAUUUGUAGACGCUCCAGUCCCUCUUACUAUGAUGGCAUUGUGGUCCCUCCCUAGCCUGGGAAGGGGCCUUGCAGGGACCUCCCCCCACCCCCCCACCCCCCAAAAAACA